GAAGUGAUUCACGUUGUAGGAUAGCCUCAACUCUUAACCACUGUAAAGCUCAUAACACACAGGACAACACCAAAAUGUCGAAGAUCUCUGAGGACCAGAUCGCCGAAUACCAGGAAACGUUUAACCUGUUUGAUACUCGUGGCGAUGACAAGAUUGAGGCUUCUCAGCUGGGAAAUGUCCUGAGGGCUUUGAACCAGAAUCCCACAGAGGCAGAAGUGAGGAAGUAUGGACCAAAAGACCCAGAAACAAGAAUUUCCUUUGAACAGUUUUUGCCAAUUUUCCAAGCUAUUGGUAAGCUGAAAAACCCUCUUGGAUUUGAGGAUUUUGUGGAAGGCUUUAAAGUUUUUGACCGGGAACAAAAUGGCUGCAUUGGAUGUGCAGAGAUACGACAUCUGCUGACAUCUUUGGGAGAGAGGCUAACAGAAGAUGAAGUAGACCAGUUGUUACAAGGCAUGGAAGACAAGGAAGGCAAUGUCAAUUAUGAAGAGUUUAUCCGAAUGGUUAUGAAUGGGUGAAGAGAUCCUGUGCCUGCACAUCUUUGUGCCUGCACAUCAACUGUUUUAUCAUCAAAUGCCUGAGCUCUUGACUUUAAAAAUAUUAACAAUGUCUCUGUAAUUAACUAUGUUUUUACUGUAAGUGUUAACUGUUUAGCUUGUUGCUGUUUGCAACUGAGUGUACACAGCAUGAGUAGGUAGUUCUUCUCUAUACUGAGUCAGUUUAGCUGUUCAUCUCUACAGUGGGCUCUGAAGUUGUGAUUUGUAUCAUUCCAUUAUUAUAGGACCACACUAUUCUCCCUUUUCUCCUCUACUUUUAACACAUGUACUACGAUGUGGUUUCUACACUUACUGGGUACAAGUAAUGCUCUUUUGCAUUUAACAUUUCGUAUAAACAAUAGUGAAAUAUUAAUUUUACUAAAGAAAA